AUGAAAAACAAUAAAAUACUCUUUCUGCCAACAUUAUCAGAACUUGAUGUUACUCUACUUGAACAAUCAGUCAAUACCAAUGGAACUAGUUAUAAAUGGAUUCAAUUACCAUUACUUCGGGUCAAUCAUUAUAUGGAAAUCUUGGAUGAAUUGUUUGUGGACAAACUCUCACUUAGGGGAAAUCCUUCAGUUCAAAAUGUUCUGAAGGAUAUUGAAGGACCUCCAAGACUAUUGCAAAUGCUCUUACAUUAUGCUGCAUUAUUUCAUCAUCAUAAAGAUCUAAUUCCUUAUAAAUUCUAUGAUUCACCCUUAAAUAUCGAAGAUGCAUACAAAACCCUCUCAAUAGAUGGUCCACUUAAAACAGUCAUGUUAUUAUUAGAAGAAAAUUUAUACCCACUUGUUUAUGGUUAUGCUAUUAUCAACAAGCCUGUUUUGUUGAGAACAGUCAUUAGAAAUACAAUAGUAAAUGAGUUAGUAAAAAAAGGGUUGGUUUUUAUUCGUGAAGAAGUAGAUAUAUCCUCAAGAGAGUUCCUUCCAUCAAAAGUUGCCAAAGUUGGUGGAGUUUGUCCAGGGCUGUAUCUUCAUUUACCAUUCAUAUAUUUGCAUUUGAUAUCUCAAUAUGUGACAAAAGAAAUGGAUUGCCCAAUAUUGUCCUUGAUUAAUGAAUCAUUAAAAUAUGAACAAGUUGGACUUGUAGAACUUAUUGGAAGCUAUUCUGCAAUAUCAGAUGCUGAUGUAUCAUUGCAUAAAAUUCAUGUUAAUAUCUCUUUAGGAAAUUGUAUAGUUCACUAUGUAUCAAAAUCAUUAACUUCAAAAAAUUUCAUCAGCUAUGCAAAGAGAAUAGCUGAAGAAAAGGAUUAUAAAGAUUUUGUUUCAAUAAUCAACAAACCUAAAGCUCUAUCUAUAGAUUGGGCUGUAACAUUUUUUAAUAGCAAGAACAUUCCAACUUUUUUAUCCAAAAUUCCUGAUCUUCCAUACCUAAGAUCUCAAAGUAAUGAUAAUCUUUCACAAAACCUUAUAUAUAAAAAUGAUGAUAAUGACAAUAUGGAGAUUGAUGAUGACCUUCCAAAGCAUCUAAUUCUUAUGGGACAGAAUAAAAGAUUUAUAGUUACCUCAUUAACUCAAUCAAUAAUUAGAAAUGAAAUUCAAAAGAUACUAAUUUUAUUGUUUAUAAUAAUAAUUAAAAGAUAUAAAACUAAUUAUGAAUUUUAUUCAGAUUCAGAAGGUAGUAAAUGA